AUGGAGGUCGUUUUUGAGAUGCUUCAGACCUAUGCCAAUGCGUCAGGUCAGUGCAUAAAUUUGAAGAAGUCUUCAGUCUUUUUUAGCAGUAAUACUUCAGCUAGUCAGAAGCAAGGCAUUCUGAGGACUUUGGGAGUGCAGGAAGUGAACUGUAUGAGUGUUUUCCAACUCCCUUUGAAACUUUGUGAUGAGCUGGAUACAAUGUGUGCUAAGUUUUGGUGGGGACAGAGAGUUGGGAAUGAACAUUCAAUUCGGAUUCUAGGGGAUAAAUGGAUACUGAAUUAUCCAUCAAAUGCGCCUCUACAUCUAGUGAAGGAUGAAGUUCGUGAGGUGACUGUUGCUGAAUUAAUUGACCAAGACUUGCAUGCAUGGAGGUCUGAUUUUAUUAUGGAUAUGUUUGAAAAAGAAGAUGCCGAAGCUAUUUGUAGAAUACAACUCAGCCGAAGACAUGUGGAGGACUUUAUGAUCUGGAUGCACCAAAGGAAGGGGAUUUUUACUGUUAAAUCUGCGUUCAAGGUGGCUAGGGAAGUGUUGAUAGGAGGAAGGGUAGCUGAGAGUUCUAGGGGCUAUGUUGGAAAGGGAAUUUGGUCUGCACUUUGGAAGCUUAGAAUUCCUAACAAAAUUGAGGUGUUUGGGUGGAGAGCUUGUAAUGAAAUCUUACCAACAAAAUUGAAUUUGUCUAAGAGGAGAAUUAUUGAAGAUGCGAUGUGCCUAAUUUGCUUGAGGUUUCCAGAAUCAGUUGUCCAUGCGCUUUGGGAAUGUGAUGUGGCUAGAGAUGUGUGGGCAGGUAGCUUAAAAAUUCUACAGAAGGGAGGGUCAGGUAUGGUGGAUAUGCUUCAGUUAAUGGAAUAUUUAUUGGAGCGGGUUGAGUCUCAAGAUAUGAAGGUAGUGCUUGUUCAAGCAUGGCUGAUUUGGAAUCAAAGAAAUCGGGUUGUGCAUGGUGGCAAGUUCCAUGAUCCAGGUUGGUUGAACAAUCGGGCAAAGGAGUUUCUUGAGGAGUUUCGGAUUGCAUCAGCACUGAUGGGACCUGCACAUGGAGGGCAAUCUUCUCGGGAUACCUGGCAGCCCCCUCCACCUCCGGUCUUCAAACUUAAUUUUGAUGCAACUUUGUUUUCGGCUCUUAACAGUUCUGGUUUUGGUGCAGUUAUCCGGAAUGAAAAAGGUGAGGUUAUGGCAGCCAUGGCAGCAAAGGGUCCUAAGGUAUUUUGCAGUGAGGAGGCUAAGUUACUUGCAUGUAGAAAAGCUAUUGAAUUUGUUGUAGAUACUGGCUUCUUUGAAUUAAUCAUUGAAGGGGAUAAUUGCUUUGUUAUGAAAGCUAUUUCGGUUUUGCAGGAUGAUCAUUCUUUGCUUGGGAAUGUAAUUGGGGAUAUUCAUCAUUUGGUUAGGAAUUUGCAAUGGGUAAGGAUUGAAUGUACUAGGCGAGGGGGGAAUAGAGUUGCUCAUGAGUUAGCUCAAUUUGCUAGGAAUAUUAGUCAUGAUUUGUUUUGGAUGGAAGAUGUUCCUCCAAUAGCUAGGGAAGCUUUGUACCAAGAUGCUAAUUUUUUUGAUUAA